AUUCUGAAUCCACGGGGCCGCGUCGCGGGGCAGGCUGAUCCUCUGCGAUCGUUUUAAAUAGUCUCGCGGCGUACACGACCAGUCUACCGCGAGCGUCGUGCGAGCGCGCGUGACGGUCGGGCCCCAAAACGCAAAGACACACGUCCGAAAAACACACGAAGAAUUUGUGCGUCCCUGCAAAACAGGACGCAUUACCAAACAAAACGGUGCAUUUACACAAAUAUGCAUUCAAACUCGCAGCGGUGCCGGGCGCCAUGGCGGACUCUACACUGACUAAUAACAAAUACAAAGAGACUAGCAUCGUCAGUGUAUACAUACACACAAUGUGAACACGCAGAUACAACUGGCGACUUUUGGAAAUUUUACUUUUGGUGUUCCGGCUAGGAAUUUUGCUGGUUUCGAUUGUUUCGCGUACGCAAUGGACGCGGGCAAACUGAUAGCGUCGUCGGCAACGCGUCGCAUGCGAUUGCGCGACAACGGCAGCAGCUAUGAUCGAGUCGGCGUGAGACACUUUCCGAGGAAUUCGCUGCUAAAUUCGCGGAACACGCGUGCCGGUAAACACCAGCAUCAACGCCAACGCGCCAACGGCAAGCAGCUGACGACGUUCGCCAAUCUCAAUGCGCGCAAGACGCCCAAUCAUGCCGCCGCGGCGCUGGACCAUCGCUUCGGCAAACAAUGCACCUUCACUAGGGAAGUGCACGAUGCAAUUUGCGGACGAUUGGGGCAUAGACCACGACAAAUACCUGGUGACUCUUUGCAAGCAUUGUUCAACGAUAUGAAGUUAUACGUAUCGAACGCUCAAGUAGACAAAAUGAUUCAAUGUGCAAGGCAGAGCAAACACAUAGGUAGGAAGAAUGGAGGCUCACAAUACCUGACAUUUGGUGAGUUAUGCUUCAUCACCCGCACACUGCAAAUGCAAAAGCCCAAGCAUAAAGACAUUGUGCACCAGAAGCCACCGCAACUACAACUCCAGCCUCAUAAUGAAAACAAGUGCCUUGAAAAGUUUGAGGUGUUUCUGGGUGGUUCUUGCAAUCCUACCACAUGGAGGACAGAUACAGCUAUCCCAGAACUACAGAAGCAUGGAAUCACAUAUUAUAAUCCACAAGUGUCUGCAUGGGCACCAGAACUGGUUGCACUGGAACACAAUGCCAAACAAUCAGCAUGUCUUCUACUUUAUGUCGUUGAUAGUCAAACGCGCAGUGUUGUGGGUAUGUUGGAGGUCGCUUAUUUGGUCGCCUCGGGUCGGUGCGUCGUUUUAGUCGCUUAUCCGUACCGAGAAGGGCAAGCCAUCAUGGACGAGCCAAUAACACAAAGUGAGUAUUUAGACUUGGUGAACGGGCAGACAAGUUUACUAGCGUUAGUUAAGAGCCAAGGCAUCAAGGUGCACAACAGUUUGGCGACCGCGUUACAAUGCACCGCGAAUAUUUUGCGCAACGGCACCACGAACGGAAUGACUGCCGACGAGCAAGUCACGCAUAAGUUAAAGAAAUUACGCGAAGUUUUCGAUUCGUUCGAUGCGAAUCAGACGGGUGAGAUAAGCUUAACUAGUGUCGUAGAUGCCUAUCAACGACUGACAAACAAAACGAUAGAUCUACGAUCGCUGUGCGAUUACCUGAGUACAAAGCGCGCCGACGCGGCGCAUCUUCGAAUCUCAUUCGAUCAAUUCUGCGUGCUGGUGGCUGAGUUCGGCGUUGACGAUGUCGGCGUUGAGCCAUUCGCUACGAGCGGCGACGGUAAUGACUCUAGAUUAUUCGCGCGCUUGGCGACAUUUCAGACGAAGCUUACUAAUACGUUCAUUAACUGCAUAGAUUGGUUGAGCCGACAGCUUCCCUUCAACAAUCAAAGCGAAUCGAACAAUCUCAAAUCGGCGAAUAACGAAACGAUGUCGUUUGAUUUAUUUCUGGGCGGCUCGCGGUCCGGCAAAGACUGGCGUGCGCAAUUCGAGCCGCUGCUGAAGGAGAAAAACAUCACGUACUGCAGCUCGAACGGCAGCAGCGACGCCUGCGUUACCGAAAACACGCUCGUGCAACUCAAACGGCCGCUUGACAAUAGCCGCGUAUUAUUAUUUUACAUCACCAACGACACGCGCUCCCUGAGCAGCAUGAUCCUGGCUGCGCACUACCUCGGUCUCGAGCGCGACGUCGUACUCUGCAUUGAACACUUGGCAGCUGAAGGCGUUCAAAUCGCUGGUGAAAAUCUGACGACACAGGCGAUUAAGGAUUACAACCGAGGACGAGUCUACCUCGCCGACAUGGCGAAGCGAAAGCAAAUACCAGUAUUCGAAAGCAUCACCGAGGCGGUGCACGCGGCGAUAGACAAAUGCCGAGACUAACUAGCAUACACAACUAGCACCUAAGUAAAUCGAAUUGAUUCAUAGCUAAGAAUGCGUCGGGGCGACAUUCACGCGAUUGCUGCCAUCCUGUGCACAAAGCUCUCUAUUAGAUUUAUCGCGGCUCUGUGAGCUGGUAGAUUCAACGCGAUGCCAGCAAUCGCUCCGCGCGCGCGCCGUGACAGAACUAAUUGUAUAUUAUUCACACUAAUUUAUUAUUUAUUAAAACCCAUGUGGUAUGCACUAAUUUAAAACUAUAUAUAUAUAUAUUAACGAACCGUUUUGGUUGGUCACACACACAUCACUUAUUCGGAUCGCGCGCGGCUUGGUGCCACCCACGUAUCAGUUGUAUUUUGUAUUUUUAAAUCAAGCGCCUUUUCUUAAUUAAACGGACCUCUCAAAGUUGAUUUUAAUUAUACACGGAAGGCGUACAUUAAAAUGCAGCUUUUAGUUUACUAAGACAAUUUGUGUUUUUUAUUCAUAGUACAAAUAAUUUAAAUGUGAAUGUCGGGGAGGGGUGAACGCGAAAUCAUUGAAAAUACGUCCAAGCACUACUCACCAAUUGUAAAAAUUGCUUUACUUUAGCUCGUAAGCUUAGUUUAAUUUGUACAUACAAACACCGCUUGGAUUUUAAAAUCGAUUGCGAGCGGCUUUGUUAUAAUCUACACUAAAAUGAUAAAUUAUAUUAUGUACAUUGAAAGAUUUUGAACUAGAUUUGUAAGCACUUGGUUUAGCCUUUCUUUUUAUAUACUCAUUAAUUGUUGUAAGUCGUAUAACGUUAUUUAACAUUUGUAUUACAAGCACAUCAUGUGAACGAAGAUCAUCGCGGCGAUGAUUUCUUGUUUCUAUGAAAACAUUACAUUAAAAUACACUUAUAUUUAAACAUUUCAA